GGGGCCGGGGCGGGCCGGGCCGGGUCCGUGCGCUGCGGCGCGGCUCUUUGUGCGGGCCGCGGCGGGCCGGGCUCGGGGCGCCGUCGCGGCUCCAUUUUGUGCGGGGCUCCCCGGGAAGGGGGUCCCGGGGCGGCGGCGGCGGGGGGCGCCCCGGGCGCGGCCGCUUUGUGCGCCCCGGGCGGCGGCGGGCGUUGGGCGCGGGGCCCGGGCCGGGGCCGGGGCGAGUCGGGGGGCUGCGCUCGGGCGGGACUGACAGGUCGCGGCCGGGGGCGCGGGGGCGCGGGGGCGCGGGGGACGCGGGCCGGGACGCGGCCAUCUGGCGGGGCCCCGCGGUGGGGCCAGGCAGCGCCCGGGCUGGGUGUGUGUGUGAGGAGGGGGGUUUCCCGGCUGCAUUCUUAUUAAUAUCAUUAUUUUGUUUUCGGGGCGUGGGGGAAGAGGCUGUGCCGGACCACCCCCCCCCUCCCCGCGCCCCCAGUCGGCGAGAACAAAGAAUUCCGGGGCGCCGCUCCCCCCCCUACUCCGGGGGCCACGCUCGCCGCGGGGUCCGGGGCGGCCCCGGGCAGCCGCGGGGGUCCCCACCCCCCAGCCCCGGACGCCGCAGGGACCCUGGCCCGGGACGCGGGCGCGCCGCGCUCAUUCAUCCGCGGGGGUCUCGCGGCGGGCAAGUCGGCAAAGUUGGAGCCCGAUUCCCUUAAAAGGCCACUCGGUGCCCGCCCGCCCCCCACCCCCGCGCCCCGCUGCUGCUGCUCCCGAGUUUCGGGGGGCCCCUGGCGGGGCUGCAUGCAAGACACUCGGGGCGGCGGGUGGGGGGUGCUGCUGCUGGGGCGGGGGUCGGUGCCAAAGAAUGGAGGGAGGGUGGAGGGGAGGAGGGUUGGCUGCUUCCCCCCCCCAUACAGAUUUGCAUUUCUUCCAAUGUUAAACAGAUGUAUACAUUCCCCCCCUGCCCCCCCAGCGUGCACAUUUAUCACGACCUGCCCGGAAGAAAAUAUAGACCCUAUGAACGCUUUGGCUCUGUGCACCAAAAGACACACAAACUAUUGGGGUGAAUGACUGUGAGGUCGGGGUGGGGGGAGGAGGAGAGCGGAGAGCGGGGUGCCGCAAAAAUACAUAAACACCUCCACCCCCCCCCCCCAGAGCUUAAGCACUCCCGGGGUUUUGUUUUGUUUUGUUUCCCUCCCUCUUAAAACAUCCUUUUAAAAAAUAAAUAAAUAAAUAAAAUGACCCCAGCUAGCAAGGAAGGAAUUUGGACUAGGAGGGAGCCCGGGAUCUGAAAAGGAGAUACUGUUAUUCCCGUAUUCCAGCGUCAGCUCUGGCAGCGUCCCUGCUGCCUGGACCCCCUUGUAAAGGCAUUUUGGAAAUCGGAAUUCACUGGCAGCGGUUUCUCUGCUGCUCUUUGCUCGAUUUGGUGCUGGAAGGGGAAUUUGAAUGUGUUUUCUGCCUUUAAAAUUCACACUUGGAAGGGUUGAAAGUGGGCAAAGAUUGGGCACCUUUUUACCCGGUGUUCUUGAGUCUGAAUCCACGGACGACCGUGUUUCAUGACAAUGGAUGGUGACAGUUCUACAACAGAUGCUUCUCAACUGGGAAUUUCGGCAGACUACAUCGGAGGAAGCCAUUACGUCAUACAGCCUCACGAUGAUACAGAGGACAGCAUGAACGAUCACGAAGACACAAAUGGCUCCAAAGAAAGUUUCAGAGAACAAGACAUCUAUCUUCCAAUUGCGAAUGUGGCGAGGAUAAUGAAAAACGCCAUCCCUCAGACGGGAAAGAUUGCAAAAGAUGCCAAAGAAUGUGUUCAAGAAUGUGUGAGUGAGUUCAUCAGCUUUAUCACCUCAGAAGCCAGUGAGAGAUGUCACCAGGAGAAACGGAAGACAAUCAACGGGGAAGAUAUCCUCUUCGCCAUGUCUACCUUGGGCUUCGACAGUUAUGUAGAACCUCUAAAAUUAUACCUUCAAAAGUUCAGAGAAGCCAUGAAAGGGGAGAAGGGAAUUGGUGGAGCAGUCACGGCUACAGACGGCCUCAGCGAGGAGCUAACGGAGGAGGCAUUUACUAAUCAGUUACCAGCUGGUUUAAUAACUGCAGAUGGUCAACAACAAAAUGUUAUGGUUUACACAACAUCCUAUCAACAGAUUUCUGGUGUUCAGCAAAUUCAGUUUUCAUGAUCUGAAGGAAUGACGGAAUAAGGAGUGUAGCAAGCGAGAGCCUGUGAUUUCCGGCACGGAGACAUCAGCAAGAAAUGAGUGGUGGAAGAUGUCUCUCUGUAUAUUAAAUAGCUGUAAUGUAGCUUCCUGAUGCUUGACUAAUUGAGGUGUUAAUUCUGACUUGAGAAUCUUUUUCAUGAAUGAUUUUAAAAGGAAAAAUUUGGAUUUUAAAGGUAUUAAACUAUUUUUGUUUUGUACGAGAGUUUGUUGCUCUGUAUGACUCCUGUAUGCAUUGUAUAUUGCAAUUUAUUACUGUCAGAGAUUUGUAGACAGUUUCUUAUUUUCAUAUUGAAUCAUGUUACUUUUGUAAUUCAAGUAAGCAGCUGGGUUAAUUCAUGAUGUUUGCCCUUUUAAUAAAAUACAAGGGUAGAGUUCAUUUUGAAUGCAAGUUGCCUUUAUUAUAAAUUUGAGUUUGUCUUGAUUAUUAAUAUCUUGCAUGAUAACCUAGCUAGAUUUUAUGGCAUCGCCAUAUUUAUUAAGUAAGUUUUUUUUUUUUCCCAAGCAUUCAUAGCCUCAGCCACGCUGUUUUAACUGAAAAAUUAAGUGUGAACGCAGCAGCCAGUUGUCUGCCUGUAAAACCUGGUGGCCGUCAGCGGUGUUUACACUGUUCCUUGUGCCUGUUAAGAGAGUUUUGUUCUACCGGAUCUUUUGUUAAAAAGGCUCAUUUGUUUUGAGUCACCCGAUGAUGAUGUUGGAAUCUGUUGAUGUUUAAUGUAGUCGCAGUGCUCUUGAACUGGUCUGCCCCUUCCAUCUUGUGUAUGAUUUAUGAUUUUUUUCCCGAGGCCUAUCUCCCAAUGCGAUCAUCUUAUCUUCCAGAAGAGAACUUGGAGAGACUGAUAGUAAAUAUCCUCAUUUUGCCUUUUUAAUGAAAUGUCAGUUUCUGUUCUACCGUGGGAACCAAGAGACGUCAGCCGUGGUGUGCGUCCGGCCCGCCCGGAGCCCGGGUGCGAGAGGGGACAGAAGCUCCAGCUUGCAGCGUGCUGUCUUCACCUUGGCAAUAAACUAAACACAGAUGAUGUAACUUUGUAUAAUUUAGUAGUAUGUGCUUGGGUGCUUUGUGGGUUUUUUUUUUUUUUUUUUUCAGAGUGAGGAUUUGUAUUUUCUCUUUUAAUGACAAUUUGAAAAGGCUUUUGAAAUCCCAGUUGCCGCUGUACAGUUUGCCUCAGGGGGAGUUUGAGUGAACAUCACCUUAGGAGGACAUGGAAGUGUACAAGGUAGAAGCCGUUUCCCAAAACGAGGCCAGAACGGGAACUUUCCAGAGGAGCCUUGGGGGUAUCUUGACCUAUGUGAAGUAAUAAACUCCCUCAAUAAUUUCCCCUUUAAAUAAUCUUCAUUGCAGAAAAUAAAGCUAGUCAGAUGGUGAAGCAGAAUCAGCCAUUUUCCUACUAUGUUGAAAUAACCAAUGUAAAUAACUUGAUAAAUAACAUCUGUCCUUUUACUUGCUAAAUAUGUGUAUUUUUAUAAAAAUGAGCUCAUACUUGGAUAAUGUUUUGUAACCCUUUUUCCCCCACUUAAUAAUAUAUUGUGAACAUUUUCCCCUGUUCUGUUAUAUGGUUGAACCAUUAUUAUUUAAUUACCUCUUGGACAUUUUGACUACUUAUAUCAUUUAGGAUAUAAAAUAACACUUCACUGA